AUGUUGUCGCAUGCUGCUGCUCCUGCUGCUGCUGCAGAUGCAGCAACAACAGCAGCUGGGGCUUCAGGAGCAGCAGCAACUACAGCAGCAGCAGCAGCAGCAGCGGCGAUCUCGCUGCAGCAACUUCCUAACCUGCUGCAGCAACGAGUCCCCAGGAACCCUCUUAAUGGCUUUGUUGCUGCUGCUCUCGACCCUAAGGCUGCAUCAUCUUCAGUUGCAUCUGGUGCUGCUGCAGGGACAGUAGCAACAGCAGCAGAAGCAGCAGCAGCAGGAUUAGAAGAUAAACAAACAAAUGGGUUUUUUGCUUCCUUGUUUUUGCUGCUGACGGAAGGGCGUGGUGCGGAGGGGUCCGUUAGUGCUGCAGCAAAGACAGAUUUGCUGCUGGGCUGUCUUCAUCUUCUUUUUCUGCUGCUGCCAGCUGAGGGUACACCUCAGGCCUGCCCCACCUUAGACCUGAACGUCCUUGUCGACUUUGUUGCAGGAGCGAAGGUAAUUGGGAUGGUGAAGGCGGUGGAGGAGAGGCUGCGGCUGUCUCCUCACUCGCACCUCAUAUUCGAGGAGUGUUCUUUAGGAGCUGCAGAUACACCUGAAGGCGGCGACUGCCCCUAUUCAAUUUACCGCGCAUUUAUAGACUGCCAACAAUUCCUACAAGCCCCGGACCUCGUGUUGGCCAGAGGCAGCGAGGCGACAAUUGCUGCUGCUGCAGCAACUGAGCAGGUCCUCACUUACUUGGAGGCUCAGCAUGCUAAGAGCAGGAGCAGCAACAGCAGCAGCGGCAGCAACUGCACGGUGUGCCUCUACUGCGGCAGGUCAGCGACAAAGCGGCCUGCAGCAGCAGCAGCCACACCAGCAGCAGCACCAGCAGCAGCGACGGACACGACAGCUUCGUGUUCCGAUGUUCCGUCAGCGGCUGCAGCAGCGGCUGCAGCAGCUGCUGCGGCUGCUGCUGCCACCGCAGGUGGGGACAGCAGCAGCAGCAGCAGCAGCAGCAGCAGCAGCAGCAGCAGCAGCAGCAGCAGCAGCGAGUUGUUGCGUAUGCUGGAGCAGCCUUCCAGCUGUAUGGACUCGUUGGCUUUCGGCUCAGCAGCAUUCAGAGGCUGUCUGUACACCCCAUUGUUUUUCAGUGAAUUUUGCUGCCGCUGCUGCCUGGCGCUACAGACACUCAGCAGCUGCUGCUGGCAGCAGCCGCAGCAACAGCAGCAAAAGGAAGAGACGGACAAGCAGCCAUCUGCUGCUGCUGCUGCACUCGUGGCCAAAGCCCGAAGCAGUUUCAACGCGCUCGACGCGAAGGCAAAGGACUCUCUGCCAAGCAGCAGCAGCAGCAACAGCAGCAGCAGCUUGCAGGCGACACCCAUGUGGAAGCUGAUGUGCACGGAGGAGUUGUGGCAGCUGUGGAAGGGCCGCAGUAGCUUUGAAGAGGCUUUGCUGCCGCUGACGAAUGAUGUCUUGACGCCGUUUGCUGCUGCUCCUGCUCCUGUUCCUGCUGCAGCAGCACAGGCUGCCUGCCGAGAUAGCGGCGCCAAGCCCAAUGUGGCGCUGCUGCAGCACUGCGGAGAUAUUGCUAUCCGCGCUCUUUCAAGUCCCGUAAGUGCUGCUGCUGCACCUGCUGCUGCAGCAGCAGGUAAGGACAGCUCAGUGCAGCAACAGCAGCAGAAGCAUCCUCCGAAUUCCACAUCAAGGGUGGACGCCAGUGACGCGGAAGGCCUAACAGCAGCAGCAGCAGCAGCUGUUGCUGUUGCGCAGCAGCCUGCUGCUGAAGUAGCUGAGGCACUCCAGAAAGCAGCAGCAGCUGCUGCUGCUGAUGCGGCGUCCCCCCGGAAGAAGAGACCCAAAGCACGGACUGUUACUUCUGCUACUGCAAUUGCUGCUGCAGCUCUUGUCAAGGCUGCACCUGCUCCUGUGUGGCGGGGUUGGCAGCGGCAGCAGCAGUGGCAGCAGCACUGGCAACAGCAGCAGUUGCAACAGCACCAACUGCAGCAACAGCAGCUGCCAGUGUUUGGCGGCGCAGCAGCAGAAAGCCUGGACGAUUUCUACGACUGGUUGCUGUUAUGGGAAACGCCUGCAGCAACAGCAGCAGGAGCAGCAACAGCAGCAGCAGCAGAAGCGGCAGCGCCUUAUCCGAUGCUGCAGCCACCUCCCAUAUCUUUGCUGCGACAGGCAGAAGAAUGGUGCUUGCUGGAAGACAAACAACCCCCUGAAAACUACCUAGAGCUGGGGCUGACAGAGAAGCUGAAGCUUAAGCUGGAGGAUUAUCACUUGAAGCUGCAGCAAGACAGCAGCCCUGACAGCGGUGUGGCGCCCGAGGACAGCUGCUGCAGCAACCCUUUCUUUGUCCAGCGCAUGCAGCGUCUCUUUUAUCUAUUUCACUCCGACAGAUUUGAUCUUCUUCCAAUGAAAAAGGCGUCUUGUGAGGCCUUGAGCGAAAUCCUCGACAGCAUUCAAAAGGGAGAAGAGUUCCUACUGGAGCAGAAGCACAGCAACAGCAAAGCGCGGGCAGCAAAUGUAGCAACGCGUUGUGCUGCUGCUGCUGCUGCUGCUGCUGCUUCUGAGAGCGGAGGCAGCGGGGAUGGGGGCACCCCGCAGCAAAACGAGGCUGUAAGUCCUUCGGCUGCUUCGAGGGCUUUGGCUCCAGUAGAAGACAUGGCAACGGACGCCGAUGCUGAUACUGCUGCAGCACUAAAUGUUUUGAAUGCUACAGCGCCGGCUUCGGAUGCUGCGGUGUCGGCUGCUGCAGCGACAGUGGCUGGAGCUGCUGCUGCUGCAGCGCCCCCCGUUGCACCUGGUACUAGUGCAGGUCCCUCUGCUGCAGCGGCUUCUGCUGCAGCUGCUGGUGCUGCAGAUAGCACUCCCAUGGACAUUGAUGAAGGGAAAACUGCCGGACAGCCGCAGGAACAGCAGCAACAGCAGCAGAGGGAGGGAAGUGAGGCUACGGCUUAG